AUGCGGAAAUCCAACUCGGACGCAAGGGGGAUAGGGGGGCUAGAUGUGGAGAGGGUGGGUGAGCGCGCAGGAAUCAAUGGUGUGGCCCGGGUGGGCGGGCAGCAGCAGCAGCAGCAGUGUCGGCCCACAACACGGAGGCAAGACACCAGCGUCUACACCAGGCAUGCGGUAGUGUCGAGGAUGAACCUGCGUUACCGUGUGAGUCGUGGCCAAAGCAGCAGCCCUGUUAGCAGCAGUAGCAGCAACAGCGGUGGUGGUGGCGGCGGCGGAGGAGGCAGCAACAGCUCUAGGAACCACCACCGCCGCACGCCCCUCUCUCCCGCUUCUCCACAUCCUCUGUCUCCAACACUUUUGCUUAAGUCUCCAGUGAGAGCUCCAAGAGCUCAUAGGGCAGUCAAGAGAUCUGGUGAUGUCUUUGAGGAGCAGAAUGAAAACUUGUUGUUGUCACCUGCACAGUACAACAGUGUGGUGAACGUGUCCGUCCCGCAUCACCACACUACUCCUCUUCUACGUGCACGACGUUACGCUAGCAAGUUCUCCAAGUGCAAAUCUAGCCCUCCAACAACUGUUAUUGACUCUCAGAACAAUAUUAUUGCAACAAAAUUGCUCAAACCACGCCCUCUAAGAAUCAGCAAACGCCAGAACGAAUCUCCACCGAACUAUAAGCGUCACACGCCACGGAAGCCCUACAGUCGACGUCAUCGCAUUGCACAUCCAAGUGAAACAUCAAAGAUGUUGAAGGAGGUGCAAGAGAUGAAGACUUCCGCCAUGGAUACCUCUCUCUUUUCUCCUGUAUAUUCAGUGGACUCCACUCCACCACCUCUCUCAACGUCUCUCACGAGCCCUGCUGUUGGGAGAGAUUUUACUAGGGGCCUCAUUGAUGAAGAUUACCCUGUGCAGAAGGGCCAGGAAGAAUUGGAAGAGGUUGAAGAUGAUGAAGACGGCCAAGGAAGAACAUGCCAGGAGGACACUUUGAGUGCCCCAGAUUUAACACAACUUUCUACUCGUAUUCAGUUAGAUAUUCCACACAUCCUAGAUCCUCCUAUGCCGAAUUCUCCACAAGUACUGGAGCCAGAGGAAGCAGAGAUGAUGAUUGCUCAGGUCUCCCAAUGUGCAACCCAGGAGAAUAAGGAAAAUUAUGAGGCUGGAGGGACAUAUGAAAGUUCAUGCGAUGAAGGCUAUGAAGAAUGGGAGGCUUUUGAUCCAUACUUCUUCAUCAAACAUCUUCCACCACUAACACCUGAAAUGAGGGCAAGAAAUCCUGCUCUUCCUUUGAAGACUCGCAGUUCGCCAGAGUUUACCUUGGUUUUAGAUCUGGAUGAGACACUGGUGCACUGUAGUCUUCAGGAGCUGGAAGAUGCAACACUAAGCUUCCCAGUGGUUUUUCAAGAUGUGAAUUAUCAAGUGUUUGUACGUACCCGCCCAUACUUUCGGGAAUUCUUGGAGCAUGUGUCUCACUUGUAUGAGGUUAUCUUGUUCACUGCCAGUAAGAAGGUUUAUGCGGACAAACUCAUGAACCUACUUGACCCUCAGCGCAAGUGGAUCAAGUAUCGAUUAUUCCGUGAGCACUGUGUGUGUGUUCAAGGCAACUAUGUGAAGGAUCUUACAAUACUCGGCAGAGACCUCUCAAAGACGAUAAUUGUAGAUAAUUCUCCCCAAGCUUUUGGUUACCAGAUCAACAAUGGCAUUCCCAUAGAGAGCUGGUUUGUUGAUAAGGAGGAUCGGGAGCUGGAAAAGCUUGUACCAUUCCUAGAGUCGUUGGUGGAUAAGGACGAUGUGCGACCCUUCAUCCGUGAGAAGUACAAAUUGGAGACAUACUUGCCACCAGAUUAGACUCCAGAGAACUCU